AUGCUGAUUACAAUAAAUUCAAUACCUGAAGAACUUAAGCUGGACAAAGAUGUUACGUCGUAUAUACAACGAGCAAUUGAACUUGAGGAAGCAGAGCCAAUUAUAAGUUACUAUAGUAAAAUUUAUGUAUUAGAACAUAUUCUAAAUAACAAAUUGCAUACAAAAUCAAAAUCAACUGAAGAAUUUACAAUAGGAUUAUUAGAUAAUACAGAAGCUAUCAAACAAAAUUCAUCUGAUGAAGAUUUGAAAAAAAUAUUAAAUGAUAAAAAUUUAUCAUUUGGAUAUAUUUUUAAAUUUGCUUAUACCUUAUUUAAUUCAUGUCUUGAAAAUUUAAAUAAUUAUCAAAUAAGUUCUAAAAAUCAAUUAAUUUCAAAAUUUAAAGCAGCUAUGUGUUUUUUAAGUUUAUUAACAAUUUUUGAAAGUUCUGAAGAUGAAAUUGAAUUUGAAAAAUUUACAGGAGGUAAAAUAAAUAAUUGGAAUGAUUUUAAUAAAUUAAAUAAAGAGAAAUUAAAGAUAUUAAAAUAUCAAUUAACGAGGAUUAUUAAGGAUGAAAUAGAUGUAGGGAAAAGUGAAGAAAUUGAUGAUAAAGAAUUAGAAGAGGAAUUGAAUAAAGAAUUAGAUCAAUUAAGUACAGUUAAUAAUGAUGAAAUUAACAAUGAGCAGGAACCACAGAAUUUUGAUUCACAAACAAACAACCAGAAUGAAGAGAAUAAUGAUACUAAAUUCAACCUACCUGGAGCUCCAAAGGAUUUGCCGUCUGAAAAAGGUCAUGACGACCAUGAUAGUAUCGAACUACCUGGAGCUCCUCAUGUUGCACCAGAUGAAGAUCUGAAUUUAGGACUUCCCAAGACUCCAAAAUAUUUACCGGAUGAUGAUAUUACGAACAUAAAUAAAUCUGGUUCAAUUCAUGUGUUUGCUUCAUCCCCUGACCAACCAGAAUCAAAAAUCAUACCUGAGAAAAAACCAUCAGUCAGUCGAGUUUCUCUGCAACAACAUCAUAAACCUUUAAGUAAAGAGAACAUUAAACAAAUUUUGAAUCGAGAUGAUGCUAUCACUCAAAUUCAAAAACAUACAAAAUUUGCGUCGUCAGCUUUACAAUUUGAAGAUUUUGAUGAAGCUGAAAAACAAUUGAUCAAAGGGUUGGAAUUAUUACGAUCGGUAAAAAAUUUUGAUAAUUCUUCAUAG